CGCCUCUGAGCCUUCCUCUCUGAGUCUGUUUCUGUUAGAGUGAAGAGCACAGACGAAGCUGAGCGGAACAGGAUGCAGGCUAUCAAAUGUGUGGUCGUGGGAGAUGGAGCUGUGGGAAAAACAUGUCUUCUCAUCAGCUACACAACCAAUGCCUUCCCCGGGGAGUACAUUCCUACUGUAUUUGACAACUACUCAGCUAAUGUGAUGGUGGACAGCAAGCCAGUCAAUCUGGGCCUCUGGGAUACUGCUGGACAGGAAGACUACGACAGGCUCCGGCCACUGUCCUACCCACAGACGGAUGUUUUCCUUAUCUGUUUCUCCCUGGUGAGCCCGGCAUCCUAUGAAAACGUCAGAGCUAAGUGGUACCCAGAGGUUCGCCACCACUGUCCCUCCACACCCAUCAUCCUGGUGGGCACAAAGCUGGAUCUGAGGGACGAGAAGGACACCAUUGAGAAGCUGAAGGAAAAGAAGCUGGCACCAAUCACCUACCCUCAGGGCCUGGCUCUGGCUAAGGAGAUAGAUGCAGUGAAGUACUUGGAGUGCUCAGCUUUGACCCAACGUGGUCUGAAGACUGUGUUUGAUGAGGCCAUCCGGGCCGUGCUCUGCCCUCAGCCCACCAAGGUCAAGAAGAAGCCCUGCUCACUGCUGUAAAUGGACCAGAAGGAGGAAAAUUCAUUCAGACUGCUGAACUCGGGUUAAAAGAAGAUGAUUUGAAAGUUUUGAUAUGUUUCUAAUAGAAAACUACAACUAGAUUUCCACUAGUUUAAAAAAUAUAUAUAUUUUUUUCAAUUUUAAUAAAACGGCAGCAAAACUUUCUGUACAGCACACUCUGAGUCUGAUUUUUAAAGUGCAUGAUAGAUGCUGCACCAGACAGAAUUUCUCUGUAAAAUAUACCAGUUUACCAGCAUAAAUCACUAAGUGUGGAUGCCCCAGUUCAGAUACUAUACAUUCACCCGAUUAUUUGUAAUACAUUUAGAAUGCUAGCUUUAUCCAGUGGACCAAAAUUUCUGCGCACCAGACUACAUCCUGCUGCCCCGUUCAGGCCAACAAUAUAUAAAGGUGUCUUGUGCAGCUUCAAAUAAUGAUAAUAUUUGUUAUGGUGUUACAAUAACAUCGGUUCAUAAUGUCUUCGACUGAGUGACGAACAAUGAUCAGGAAUGUAGUUUUUGUAUGAGCAGGGAGCUGAACAAUGUUGUAUUUGAAUAAAAGUUAUUAACAAAGGUAUUAUUUGUUGUGAUAUUAAAAUAAAUGACAUAUGAUCAAGUAAAA